AGCCCCAGCCCACCCCGCCCAACCUCAGCCGAGCCAAACCGGAGGUAGACCUGUGGAGAAAAUAACAGCAUGACAUGAUCAGCAGCAGCAGCAGCAGCAACAGCAGCAUCUAUGGACUGAAGAUGCAGUGGCAUCCUGAGCAAAGCCAGUGGGCCGAGCAGCAUUUUGACAUCUCCUCAACCACAUGCUCUCCAGCCCACAAGGCCGAGCCCUACCGCGUAGUACCCAGCCACCUGCAGUGCGCCGCCGCCUACCAGUAUGCCUGGGCUAAUGAUGACAUCUCGGCCCUCACUGCCUCCAACAUGCUCAAGAAAUACGCAGAAAAAUAUUCCGGUAUCCUGGAAUUACCAAUCUCUUAUCCCGAAGCCUCCAGUGGCCCCGGAGGACUAAACGGACGGAAGGGGGAACCAGAACCCUGGCAGGAUGGUGUCUAUCCGAUGAGCUGCAUACCUGAAGGCGUUCCCAUCCGUAAGGGGGGGGUUGCAGCAGCUUCCGAGGUGGGAACUGGUCUGUGCAGCUCUCCCGGCCUUGCCUCCAGCACUCUGAGUGAGCCUAGCUACUCCACCAGCAGUUGUGGAAGCCUCACUGCCACCACACUCCACUCAUCCUCAAUGCAGUCUCAGGAAUUUGGUGUUGCUUACAGCGGUUCCUACUUGCACAGUAGUUAUAAUUCCCACUCUGUCCAGGCACCUGCACAUCCAUCCCUGCCACCCCCUCCGCCACAAUCUCACGCGACGUUAGUCCCACCUUACAAUGGAAGCUCCUCAAACUUGUCAAGUUAUAAUUACCCCACUGCAGGAUACCCUGGCCAGAGCGGGCCUGGAUACAGCGCUGGGGGACUGCCCCCGCCAUCCUCGUACGUCCCCUCAGGCAUUGCCGCCCCAACACCCCUCGCCCCCUAUCCAUACCAUAACCAUAACUUGACCCCAAUCACCCCAAGUCCUCUUAACAGCUGCUCCUCCAACUUCCUGAAGAGGAAAGCCUUCUACGUGACAGGCCCGGGAGAUAUCGAUUCCUCUUACGGAAGCUUUGGGUACGACCAGGCUCGAAGCUCAACCGAAAGCCCAAUGUACAGAGUGGCUGACAGCAGCAGUACAAACAGAAGCUGUAAUAGUCCUAGUGGCAGUAGUUUUGAUCGAAGUUCUGAGAAGCCAUCUCUACCCUUUAAUCCGCAAAAGCAGUCUACAAUGCCUUCGGAGCAGCAGCAGAGAAAGUAUAGCAACCAGGCAACGAGCAACCCACUAUCCCCGUCAGCCUAUGUCUCUUCCUCACUCGGGGCUUCUCGCAUGGCAGACUCCCUCGUCAACUUUAUAACCCCACCCCUCAGCGAACAAACUGCUGAAGAAGGUCGUAUCCAUCACUCCCACUCAAGGGCUCCCUCCUCUUCAACCAUGUCGUCCUCACGCUCUGCUGAAGAGCAGCUAAAAACCUGUGACCCUCACCUCUUGGACAUGGUAACCUCUGAAAUUGUUCAGCAGGGUCCUCCUAUGGACUGGAGUGACAUUGCAGGAUUAGAUCUGGCCAAAGCAACCCUCCGAGAGGAGGUUCUAUGGCCCCUUCUACGCCCUGACAUGUUCAGAAGCGUAGGAGCCACCCCAAGUUGUGUGCUGCUGUUUGGCCCAAGAGGUAGCGGCAGGACGUUGCUUGGCCGUUGCUUGGCUAUCCAGCUUGGGGCUUCAUUAUUUCGACUCAGUGGGUCUACUUUAGUCACCAAGUGGCUGACAGAUGGAGAGGAAGUUAUUCGAGCGUCCUUCUUGGUAGCGCGCUGCCGUCAGCCAUCUGUACUGUUCAUUAGUGAGGUGGACAUGCUGCUUUCAGCGACACUCAGUGAAGAAAGUCCCAUUAACAGACUAAAGGGGGCACUACUAUCCCAGCUAGACUCACUUCUAUUGGGUUUAGGUGUGGAUGGAAGACACCAAGUGGUCGUGGUUUGCUCCACAAGCAGACCCCAGGACAUAGAUGAGGGGUUGCACAGGUACUUUUCUUCUCGAGUUUUGGUAUCCCUGCCCGAUACCGCAGCCCGGCAUCAAAUUAUCAGCCAGCUCCUCACCCGAUCCCAGUACAAGUACUGCAUUAGCGAGGAGGAGCUGGCACUGCUGGUCCAACACACUGAAGGUUUCUCGGGACUUGACCUAACCAGACUUUGUCAGGAGGCCCAUGUGGGUCUGUUACACAUAUCCACACAACAGGGCAUGGAAAUGGCCAGUCUGAUUAGGCCGCUAACCUACCAGGACUUUGAGAGGGUCUUUUGUAAAUUUCAUCGCGGUACAUCACAAAAAGAGAUCGAUAUGCACACUGAGUGGAACAAAAUGUUUGGAUGCAGACAUUGAAAGUACAUGCUUGAUGUGUAGAAGCCCAUUUCUUCAGGGCAGACACGUGUGAUGGUGG